AUGCCCGAGACGAUUCAGCUUGUUCCAUCCGCGAUCCCGCGGAUCGUCCGCUGGUUGUGCGAUAAGGAUAAGCUGACUGACAUGGAUAUGUGCAUGAAAUUGCAGGAGCUCGUUGGGAAAGCUACGAGCGCUGCGAGUUUGCGCCAGAAGGAUGCGCAGCUGGAGCUUGCAGAUGGACGCUUCCAGACUUCGAAAUACACCUGUAUAGUUUUUUACUUUUUUACUUUGUCUUUCAUUUUUGACAUUUUAGCAGGCGUGGCCCACUCUAGUUUCUAGGUUUACCUCCUACCAGAAGAAAGACUCUUACAAGUGUACAGUUUGAACUCCCCACUUCUCGACCUGCGUGCGGAGGUAAGUCGUGAAGCACCUUCUUAUCACACCUCCACACUCUCCCAACAUGCGGCAGCAGGCUGCUGCUGCUGUCAAGGUAGCCACCUUAUCUCACGACUUGUUCAACUCAUCAGGUUACAUGAAUUGCGACGGAGAGUUGAUGUCACCCAUUUUGAGCUUCUGGCUUCAGCUGCCGAAAGGCCAGCUUUGCAUCACGAUCAACGAGAACCCCAAGUCUCUGCAUAAUUUCAUCGAGUUGCUCGGUCUGCGUCUCACGGCAGCCGUACUGAUUCGCUACAUUUAGAGUUGUUUAGGAGUAGUGCUGUAACUGUAUCUGGGUGGCAGACUGCUUGUGUAAUUAAGGAUGUCAGAUAAAGUUGAAUCUCCUUCAAUCUCAGACAAAAUGGAGGUCGAUGACGUUGUUGAACCUGGUACAGAGUCCAACGAUGACAAGAUGGAAGUUGACUUUGAUGCCAACGCAUCGCUUGCACAUGCCAACCCCCAACCAUCUCAGCUUGCGAAAACGCACUCCAAGCCGGCCCGCGUGACCAACUACUCCAUUUUGCUCGAUAUGCAGAACAAUGCGGAGAACACGAAGGUGGGAACAGAUGGCGCUCGCCGCUACUGGCAGGCCACGAUCCAGCAGCACAUCCAGAACAAAGCCAUGGGCGCUGCGCUGGGCCUCAACAUGUUCAACCCGAACCAGAACGAUGUCGGCUUGUUGGCUUUGACCAAUGGCGAUAACGGCGCUGGCAUGCGUGGUGGUGGCGGGCCGCUGAUGCUCUGCGAUGUACUUAUCUUUGCUCAUUCCUGCUGAGGUUUAGACUUUCAGUUGAUAAUGGAUAAAGAGGGAAGCAAGACAACUACUACGUGCUAGCAACUUUCAAAAGUUUCUAAAACUCUUAACGUGUGACUCCCCCCAGAGGCUUGGCGUAGAUCUCCACGUAGCUACUUUCAGGAUUCAGCUCUUUCAAAAGAUCUCCUUAUCUCCAUUCAAAUCCAUCUCACUCCAAUCUUUGGCCAUCUUCUAUGCGCAAACAACUCUUCUCCAGGGAAACGCCAACGGUGCCAGCAGCAGCAGCUCCUCCAGUUCCACUCGUGCCACCUCUUCCCGUGCAACCUCCUCCCGCUCCACUACCGUCACCACCAACGCCUCGACGAAGCGAGCCAACACUUCCUCCGCCAAGGCCAGCGCACCAGCACCCAAGCGCUCCAAGAAGUAGGUGGGCUUCAGUCUCGAGGCGGUGACGAUGAUGAGAGCUCACGGGCAGGGUUCUGAUUGGAGGGCUGAUUUAGGUCGGGGUGUAGCGUAGUCAUCUUAAACAAGAAGAUGUUAAUCCCAGAACAUUUGAGAUCUAGCCAACACAUGAAAACUACCCGAUAAUCAGACCUUUCGCCAUUUGUGUCCUUUUCUCGUAAUACUUUGAACUGUUAGGCCCUUUCUCUAUCAAUUUAGUUGUUAUUUUUAUCUAUCUUCGUCAUAGUCUAACUUUCGGUGGAGUAGAAGCCAUCGUCUGACGCGGUAUCGAUUUCGUGGAGUCCCCAUGUUGUUGUACUUGCUUGGUUCGGAUGAUGUGCUACUUUGUUGUAUGCGAGACAGGCUGGCGCUUUCACUUUCAGGAGAGAGGGGGGAGAAGAUUCGGGCGGGCCUCUCAUAGACAGCAGCCUCAUCUAGUGGUAAGUGAUAGGGAGUAGUUACUUCCAUGCAUGUGCAUCUGACGAGCUAUUUCUUCUGGAUGGUGUUGUUGAAGAACUUACGCGUUCACGUGAUGAGCAGUAGACCCUUCGAGUUGAAUCAAGUAGAUUCCUGCACCUGAUAAGCCGUCCACGAAAGCAAUAGACUUGAACCUGGCACAGCAUCCAUCACGUCUUUCGGUUCUUCAAGAUUUAUUUUUUUUCGUUCGACUACAACGUCUUGCAUCUGCACUCCUUUCUUUCGAGGUUGCCACUUCUUGUGGAGUGAAUUACUUUUCUUUGUGUGGCACUGUUGACACGAUGGAGCUCUAUCACAGCAACUAAACUUGAGACUUGCACCCCUUCACACGCGCGCGGAACUGUGGCGAAUCGCCGUCAUCUUGUUUUCGAGAAAGCAUCCCAAAG